AUGGACGAGGAGAUGAAGACCGAGGUGGUGCCUCCCGCGACAUCAAGCGAGGAAAAGCGUUUUGAAAUUAAAAAGUGGAAUGCUGUGGCUCUUUGGUCUUGGGAUAUUGUAGUGGAUAAUUGCGCCAUCUGUCGUAACCACAUCAUGGACUUGUGCAUUGAGUGCCAGGCUAAUCAAGCAUCAGCCACCAGUGAGGAAUGUACAGUGGCAUGGGGUGUCUGCAACCACGCUUUCCACUUUCACUGCAUUUCAAGAUGGCUCAAGACCCGUCAAGUGUGUCCAUUGGACAACCGUGAGUGGGAGUUCCAAAAGUACGGCAGAUAA